GGACCCAGAGCUCAUAUGGUUGCGACCGAGGGGUAAAGCGUUUGAAAUUGAGGGAUUCUCCUCCUUUUCCUUGUGGGUCUUCGUUUCCUCCUCCGAUUUCAAUCCAUCUUGAUUGGAAACUAUGUAAAAUCCAGCUCUGCUAUUUUAAUGGCAUCAACGAUCUUUGGCUGGUGAUGGAGUCUCACGGGGAAUAUUUAUUGCAGCUCUUGUUUUGACAGAUUCAAAGAGGAAUUUAUUGGGUAUUCGUUGAAUUUUGAAAUCUAAAAGCUGUUGGUGAGGAACGAAUCUGUUCUUCGUGUUAUUGGGAUAUAGAUUUGAUGCGACUGGCGGAAAAUUGACCUUUUGAUUUAGGGAUUAUGAAACCCUAAACAAUUAUGUUGGUCAACUUUCUUGAUUUUGAGGUUGCUGGAGUGGAGUUUUGUUGGUGCCUUUUGGAAGUUAUUCUUGAUUUCGAAUUUAUCGUACUGGAAUUUUGCUGGUAUUUUUUGGAGGUCAUUGAUGCCGUUACUGAUGAAUUGAUUGAAUUGUAUUUGAUGCUUGUCUCAGUGCUUGAACGAUUGAUUGGGUUUAUCUUUUUCCAGAUUGUGAUACCCUAAAAUCUUAGGACAUGGAUUGGUUGUUGGGUAUAGUUAAAAGAAUUUCAUGCCAACCCCAAGAUUCUUUUCUGAUGACUCCAAGGCCGUCUUCUUAUUAGCAUUUAACAACGUUCAAGUUGGGUUUCUGGAAUUUGUUUCUUGCCAAGGAAAUUGGUUUCUAAAGGUCAAUGGGAUCCAUUCAGAACACGGUUUAUUACUGUAGUGUCUCCAAGGGAAAUGAGAUUCUCUAUUCCUAUAGUUGUGGCGACCAUGAGAUCGAGAACUUAGCUGCUUUGUGCUUGGAAAAAACUCCACCCUUCCACAGUUGGUAUUUUGAGACCAUGGGAAAAAAGACUUUUGGGUUCUUGAUGGAAGAUGAGCACAUAUACUUUACAAUAGUAGACGAGGGCCUUCAAAAUCCAGGUAUUCUUCAGUUCUUAGAACAUGUGAGGGAUGAGUUCAAGAAAGUUCGGGAAGGUUCAAGGAAGGGCUCAAGGGGUAGUUUUUCUGGGUUGGAUGCUGUUUGUCUCCAAGAACAACUCGUUCCAGUUAUCCGUCGCUUGAUAUCCUCCUUGGAGAAUGUCUCCCAACCAAACUCAUUGGAGCAAGAAUCUCAAUCUGAUGGUACUCGGACGCCAGAGAUUCACCCAUAUCAUCAUCAGCCAGUUACAUCACCAACGCCUGAAUGCACCAGUGAUGCCCAAAUUGAAGUUGCAACUCCUAAGGCCCCAUUAUUAGGGAAGCCUAACAGGCAAGAAAAGAAGAAAAUGAAGGAUCGGGCAAUUGAUGUCCGAGAAACUGAUCAUGAGGAGCACCGGAGGUCCACAGAUAGGGGAAUUAAGGUUAGUGUGACAGCUUCUGAACCAAAUCAUCAAGGCAAGGUGGUAUCUUCUAUUUCAGUACAAAAGGGUUCUAGUUCUAUGAGGAUUAGGACAAGUUCUCACCAUGCUGAGAGGAUGUGGUGGCGCCAAGUUUUUAUUGUAAUUGUAAUCGAUGCCGUUGUAUGUUUAGUUUUAUUCGUGAUAUGGUUAGCCAUUUGUGGAGGCUUCCAAUGCAUUUCUAAUUGAGACUCUCUCUCUCUCCCAAACUUGAGUGCCGUUUGAUCUUGAAUCUGGAAUUUCAUAAGGAUUAUAUUUGUCAAAAAAAAUCAUCAUACUUUUGGAUUGGAGAAAUGAAGCAUCAAACUUCUAGAUGGAUUUUUUAAUCAAAGUGAAUGAAAGAAUUUAUCUGUUUGAGUUA